ACUGGCUCAUCCUGGAAUCUAAUUGGCUGCAAGAACUUUGACAGACAUGAGUGUCCCUCCCCUCGCCUCCUGCUGGCAGCUGGAAGUGCAUGUAUGUAUGUGCGUUAGUGUGAGAGAGAGAGUCGGCAGAUUGAGCACAGAAUCAGGCUCCAACUCCAACCCAAUGAGCAGCCCGCACAUCCCCAUGCACACACUCGCGCUCUCUCCUCAGUACCGCCGCUUGCUUACGCUUCAACCCUGGGACACAGAAGAAUAAGAGGAGAGGCAGCGAGUGGCAGAGUGGGAUUGUGGGAGAGAGAGAGGCAGAGGGAGACCGGCGGGGUAUGAGGGAGAACACCAUGGCUUCAGAGCCGGGGCUCACUGCGAUGCUGCUGUGGACUAUAUCACUACACGCUGUCAGCACGGCGGGAGCCAACAGUAACGAAGUGAAUCUGCUGGAUACGACAACCAUCACGGGAGACUGGGGCUGGCUAACAUACCCAUCACAUGGGUGGGAUGCCAUUAAUGAGAUGGAUGAAUACUUCACUCCCAUCCACACCUACCAGGUCUGUAAUGUGAUGAGCCCCAGCCAGAACAACUGGCUGAGGACAGGCUGGAUCCCUCGAGAAGGAGCCAGGAGGAUCUACAUCGAGGUCAAGUUCACCCUGAGAGACUGCAACAGCAUGCCGGGGGUACUGGGCACCUGCAAGGAAACCUUCAACAUGUAUUACUAUGAGUCUGACCGAGCAGUGGGGUCGACCAUAAGAGAAAACCAGUUUAUUAAGAUUGACACCAUCGCUGCUGAUGAAAGUUUCACUGGGGUGGAUUUGGGAGUCCGUAGACUGAAACUCAAUACUGAGGUGCGUGGCGUGGGCCCCCUGAGCAGACGAGGGUUCUAUUUGGCUUUCCAGGACAUCGGCGCCUGCAUCGCUCUCACCUCGGUGCGGGUGUACUACAAACGCUGUGUGGGUGUCAGCCGUAACUUGGCAGUGUUCACUGACGUGGUGACAGGCGCCGACUCCUCCUCUUUAGUAGAGGUCAGGGGUCAGUGUUUGGAUCAUGCCGAGGAGAGGGACACACCCAAAAUGUACUGCAGUGCCGAGGGCGAGUGGCUGGUGCCCAUUGGGAGGUGUGUGUGCUCGGCUGGAUUUGAAGAGCACAGAGACUCCUGCGUAGCCUGUGAGGUGGGCUUCUAUAAGCCAGCAGCAGGAGAUGGACUAUGUGGUAAAUGUCCACAGCACAGCCACUCAGAGACCAGAGCUGCCCUCUCCUGCCCCUGCGACGCCAACUACUAUCGCACAGCAGAUGACCCGCCAGCAGCUUCGUGCAGCCGCCCCCCAUCUGCUCCAGUAAAUGUCAUUUCCUCCGUCAAUGGCACAUCUGUGAAUUUGGAGUGGGAUCGGCCCCUGGACACUGGAGGUCGCAGUGAUCUGUUUUAUAACGUCCUGUGUCAGAAAUGUUCCAGAGAAGGAGGCCCCUGUGAGGAUUGUACGUCCUUCCCAGGAGGCACCGGCGGAGGGAAAGGAGGUGGCGGGACAAGCGCUGGAAAUGUGGGAGGGGGGAUGGUGGAGCGAAUGGGUGUAGCAUCCGUCCGGUUCGUCCCGCACCAAACAAGACUAACAGAGCCGUGGGUGACGGUGCUGAACCUGGUGGCGCACACAAACUACUCCUUCCGUAUCUUGGCGAUUAAUGCAGUGACCCAACUGAGCAAUGAAGCGUCACCAUAUGCUGUCGUCAACAUAACAACAAACCAGGCAGCUCCUUCGGAAGUGUUAGUGAUCCGUCAAGAGAACACCAGUCAGAACAGCGUGACGCUGCUGUGGCACGAGCCAAACCAGCCCAACGGUGUAAUACUGGAGUAUGACAUUAAAUACUAUGAAAAGGAUAAUGAAGAGCAAAGUUACUCAACUCUGAAAUCCAAAAACACUAGUGCCCGAGUCUCAGGACUGAAGCCUGGUACCAAGUAUAUCUUCCAGGUCCGAGCCAGAACCUCAGCAGGCUGCGGUCGCUUCAGUCAGAAUGUGGAGAUUCAGACUGGGAAAGCAGCUCCCCUGCGCUACAACACCAUGACCAUCAUCUGGAUCUGUAUGGCCCUGGUGUCGGGCCUUAUCACCUUUCUGGCUGUCGUCAUCUGCAGGAAACGGCAAGGCUACACUUUACCACACUACCCAUCGCUGCUACACUGUGGAUACAGCAAAGCCUUCCAGGACUCCGAUGAGGAGAAGAUGCAUUACCAAAACGGUCACGUGUCAUUCCCCGACGCGAGGUUCUAUAUCGACCCGCACACAUACGAGGACCCCUGCCAGGCGGUCCACGAGUUUGCCAGAGAAAUUGAAGCUUCCAGGAUCAAAAUAGAGAAAAUCAUUGGCUCAGGCGAGUUUGGUGAAGUGUGCUAUGGACGGAUGAGACUGCCAGGAAAAAGGGACAUCCCGGUGGCGCUGAAGACUCUGAAAGCAGGAUACACUGACAAACAGAAGAGGGACUUCCUGGCUGAAGCUUCCAUCAUGGCCCAGUUUGACCACCCCAAUGUCAUCCGCCUGGAGGGAGUGGUGACUCAGAGCAAACCAGUGAUGAUCAUCACAGAGUACAUGGAGAACGGCUCUCUGGACGCCUUCCUCAGGAGACAUGAUGGUCAGUUCACUGUCAUCCAGCUGGUCGGGUUGCUGCGCGGCAUUGCGGCCGGUAUGACCUACCUGUCUGACCUGAGCUACAUCCACAGAGACCUGGCUGCCCGGAACAUCCUGGUCAACAGCAACCUCGUGUGUAAGGUGUCCGACUUCGGUCUGUCCCGGGUGCUGGAAGAUGACCCCGACGCCGCAUACACCACCAGUGGUGGGAAAAUCCCAAUUCGCUGGACAGCUCCAGAGGCCAUCGCUUUCCGAAAGUUCUCCUCCUCUAGUGACGUAUGGAGCUACGGGGUGGUCAUGUGGGAGGUGAUGUCCUAUGGGGAGCGGCCAUACUGGAACCUCACCAACAGAGAUGUGAUCAAAUCCGUGGAAGAGGGCUACAGGCUGCCAGCACCGAUGGGCUGUCCCGGUGCUCUGCACACGCUCAUGCUGGACUGCUGGCAGAAGGAUCGCAAUGAGAGACCGCGCUUUUGCCAGAUAGUAACUGUUCUUGACAAGCUAAUCCGCAACCCUGAGAACCUGAAGUCUAUGGACACGCUCUGCAGUUUAAACAGUCCUCCGCUGAUGGAGAGAACUGUCCCUGACUUCAGCAGCUGUAACUCAGUCAAUGAGUGGCUGGACACCAUAAAGAUGGGCCGCUACAAGGAUCACUUUGCAGCUGGGGGGUACCACACUCUGGCACACGUCAUAGGCAUGAACCAAGGGGACAUCCAGAGGCUUGGGGUGACGCUGAUGGGUCAUCAGAAGAAGAUCAUGACUAGCGUACAACUAAUGAGGGCACAGGCGCUGAACAAAAGUGUGCCAUCAGUGCACGUAUAACUCUAAGACUUUCUGCUGAAAUCUAGAAAGCCAGGCUUCCAUAAGGUCUAGAGGAACUCCAUGGGAAACACGAUGUUCAAAUAAAUAGGGGAUGAAGAUUUGUUGGAACUUGACAAGACUUUUUCUUUUCCUUGAGAGAUAAAAGAACAAAAUGAAACAGUUCUAAGCACAGGACAAGUAAACAUGAUUCCUUUGGGACAAGUCCAACAUUAAAUUUUUCCCCUCUCUGAUUACUGAAUUUAAAUGUUUGUUUAGAAAUCGAAAGACUGCCUUAAUUGCCACAACUUGUUUAAAUUUUAUUGUCUGCCAACAGAACAUAAUUUAUCUACCAUGAAUUUAUCUGAUUUACUGAAGUGGGCAAUGGCAAGAGUCUCUGGAGAGAAGGAGUGAAGCAGGUGGUGGGGACGUGGGUGUUUUCAAAUGUUUUGUUGACACUCGCUGCCUCUUCUGCAGGAACUGCUCAAGAAAAAUGUGGUCCAGAAUCAGAAAUGUGAGCGCUCACCUGAGUUGCCAGAUUGUCUCCAGAAUGAGAAGAUCUAUUUCACCCAAGCCUAUUAAUACCAACAACAGGCACAUUUCUGCACCACCAAACCGUGAUGAAUGACCCCAAGAGGGCCACAGAGCCUUCAGCCCAGGAUGAAGCAGAGCAGCGCACAACUACUGUUCUCGACAUACGUGUUGUGUUCAUUUUCAGUGCACUUUAUUCUGUGAGUUUUCUCUGUCCUGUAGGCUUUAAAUGUCUGGGUCGAUUGCUAAUAACACAUGAAUCAUAACAAUCUUUAAGAAAAAGCGAUAACUGUGAGUGCUUAUUAAUAGAUCAAAGUGGCUCAGUCUUCACGUUUACUCCAAGAUACAACUGGUCAGUAACCAGGAAAGCAUGUCAAAUACAAUUGCCAUAUUGUUGCAAAUAUAAGACAACCCAAAAUAUAAGAUUGCCUCACCCCUAU